UAGCUGUUAUCUCUCUCCGCGUGCAGCAGACUUUCACCGUGUUUUUGGUUUUUGACUUUCACCGUAUUCUUCAAGUUCCAUUUGUCGAUAUUUGGAAAGUGUCGGAAGUGUUUUAACACCUGAUCAGUGUCGGAAAUCUACUUUGUGAGAAAGCGUCACGUUGCCUCAGUGAUUAUUGGCAUCAUCUCAGCCCCUCGAGAGGUUCAUGGGAAGAAGGCUGUGAGCGGGGAGGACUUAAGAGCGGAGGAACUGAGGGAAGGGGACAGCAGAGGAUUCUAUCUGGAGCCUUUGAGUGUGCAGUGAGGAGUAAAUACAUUUCUCUCGUCAGGAGUUUGGCGGUGGAUGUUUGUGGAGGUGAGGCGCCCGGCUGCAGCGAUGGUGUUUGAGGCGAGGCUUCCUCCCUCCUUACCUUUGACCUUUCCUUCACGAUGUCUGAAGAACCCCCCCUUAACUACUACCUCCACAUCUACAUCGUGCUGGAGCUGCUGAUCGCCGUGUUCUCCGUGUUGGGAAAUGUUCUGGUUUGUUGGGCCGUGUGCCUCAACAGCAACCUGCAGAGCAUCACCAACUUCUUCGUGGUGUCUCUGGCGGUGGCAGAUAUCGCCGUCGGGGUGCUCGCCAUCCCCUUCUCCAUCGCCAUCAGCACCGGGUUCUGCUCCAACUUCUACGGCUGCCUGUUCAUCGCCUGCUUCGUUCUGGUGCUGACGCAGAGCUCCAUCUUCAGCCUGCUGGCCAUCGCCAUCGACCGCUACAUCGCCAUCAAGAUAUCGCUCAGAUACAACAGCUUGGUGACGGGGCAGCGCGCUCAGGGCAUCAUCGCCAUCUGCUGGGUGUUAUCCAUCAUCAUCGGCCUGACCCCCAUGAUGGGAUGGCACAAACCCCCCGACAGCAGCAACAGCAGCAACAGCUCCGUUUGCCCCCCGGGCCUCAUGCCCUGCCUGUUUGAGGACGUGGUGGUCAUGGAGUACAUGGUCUACUUCAACUUCUUAGCCUGCGUGCUCAUCCCCUUGCUGCUGAUGCUGGGGAUCUACCUGUGCAUCUUCAUGGCCGCUCGCCACCAACUCAAAUUCAUGGAGGUGAAGGCGGUGCACGGGGGGAAGUCUCGCUCCACACUGCAGAAAGAAGUCCAGGCGGCGAAGUCUCUAGCGAUCAUCGUAGGACUUUUCGCUGUCUGCUGGCUUCCUCUCCACAUCAUAAACUGUUUCACGCUCUUCUGUCCGGACUGCGCUGGUCCUCCAGUGUGGAUCAUGUUCGUGGCGAUCAUCCUUUCCCACGCCAACUCUGUCAUCAACCCUUUUAUCUAUGCCUAUCGAAUCCGGGAGUUCAGGCAAACCUUUCGCAGGAUUAUCCGCCGACACAUCCUUCGAAAGCAGGAAACCUUCGAGAGCGGCAGCAGCAGACGCAACUCCAUGAGACUCAAAGCGGACGGGAUGAACUUUGACGCUUGUACUGAACAUAGCAGCAGCAGCAGCAGCUGUGAAAGCUCCUGCAGAUGUUCCUCUCACAUCUCGACUGUCGGGGGAAGUUUGGUGGCGGUUUCUCGGCCUCCUUUAUCAGUCAUUAUCUCCCAUUGUCCUAAAAUGGGACCCUGUCCACUGCAGGCUCUCAGACACAUCCCUGGACGCCAUCAUCAUCUUCAGUAUGCAGAGCAAGAGCACGACAGUGCAGGACAGGAAGUGGAAGAGGAGGCGAGGUCGGCACAGGCGGAAUCGCUGUACGACGAACAGGAGAGGAAGUGUUGCUUUAUAGAGCUGGCGAACAUGUCAUGACGCAUGCAGAAAAACCCGGUUAUCGGAUGAUUGAAUGGGCUUCAUCAGCUUCAAAGGUGUGGGUCAGAAGCUCCAGCUCCUACAUCACCAACAAAAAGGAAUAUAAGAAGAAACCGUGACCUCUAGUGGACGUAGUGCGUAUGACAGGACAGGAGCAAAGGCCAUUUUAAACUUUGCGGACACGUUCCUGAUGAUGCAAAUCGCGAUAUUAGUCCCAUCCACGAGGGUCCUGUACGUUCAGCAAAAGCCCCUAAUGCAAAUCCAGUUUUGCUCCACACUCCAGUCCAGUUAUUGGCGAAUGAACCUGUAGCUUGUUUGCUAAGAAGAAGAUGGAAAGACACAAAACUGGAGGAUUGUUUAGGAGAGAGGUUGUGUGAGCCAUUACGGACGUUACGAACAUGAAUAAAAUGUGUCUUUUAAAGGAAAACAAAGACAAAUGGCAAACACUGUAACGUGGAUUGUGGAUCGGUAAAAAACCAAAUAGACGUGCAAAGUUAAAAUACUUCACAAGACCCGUGAUGAACUAUUAACAUCAAGAAAAUGCUUAAUAAAACCAAACAGUCUCGCCCCCUCA